AUGCAGUACUCAUCCUUAAUUAUUAUCCUCGUGAUCGGCGCGGUCACAUGCAGCCCAGAACGUGUCCAGAAUGAGCAAGAACACGACCAUCAAGAUCAAGAUACCAAUGAACAAAACCACGUGGCACCACUAGAGAAGCGAUCACCGCACUACGACUUCGGUUUGGGGAAGCGAGCGUACAGCUAUGUGUCGGAGUACAAACGACUUCCUGUUUACAAUUUUGGUUUGGGCAAGAGGUCACGACCUUACUCCUUCGGCCUGGGCAAGAGGUCAGUAGAUGAGGACGCUGAAGAGGAACUCACCAAUGAUAUUGAACAGCAGACGCAGCCAGAAGUCUUCGAAUACGAUGAAGCACCAGGAUUUGAAGUAAAACGAGCCCGGCCCUACAGCUUCGGUCUAGGAAAACGUUUCGUCGAAGACGCGGAAGAAGAGAAACGAGCAAGGAUGUACGACUUCGGUCUCGGCAAAAGACCGCAUUUGUACAGCUUCGGUCUCGGAAAACGGGCAAGGAGCUACAAUUUCGGUCUAGGCAAACGGUUGAGCAGCAAAUUCAAUUUCGGUUUAGGCAAACGUGAGAGGGACGUGCACAGAUUCGGAUUCGGCCUGGGCAAACGAUCUGAUGAUGACAAUGAUAGUUAUAUGGAAGCUUAA